UUAAAAAAGGUUGUAAACUUUUAAUUGGAGAGCACAAAUCCCAGGAGGCGGUAAAGAAGGCCGGGUCUCUCUGAGCAACCAGGAAGGGGCCAUCAGAGGCAGGGCUCAGCGCUUAUUUGGAAGGGAAACACGGAAGGGAUCUCGUGACACUCGUUCCCGGAUCUCCUCUUUGCAGCGGCAGCAGCUGCUUAACUCCCUGCAACCAAGGCCCUGGCCCCGCGGUUCUCGGAAAGGGUGGCACCAUGCAACAGAGCCCGGGGCCAACUGUGUUGGUCACCAUUAGAAAGUUUUAUUGAAACUAUGUGUGAGGUUGUAUCCUCACAAGUGGAGGAUAGCUUGAUGAAGAUGUUGACCCAGUGGGCGGCAGCUGUGAAAAAGACCUCUUCAAAAUGCCCACACGGGGAUAGAUUUAUCAGUUCCAGAGUACCAGGAAAUCCGGGGAAAGAUGAUGUCUGGCCAUGUGGAAUAUAAUAUUGUUGUCGUUACGCAGAUGGCUGCCUUCAAAUUAGCAAAGCACAAGCCAGAAGACAUAAUUCAGUUUAUGGUCUCAAAGAAGUACAGUGAGAUUGAGGAGUUCUAUCAAAAGCUGGUCACACAUUAUCCACAAACGUCUCUGCCACCUCUGCCAAGGAAAGUACUGUUUGUUGGGGAGUUUGAUAUUCGAGAACGGAGAGCUGCAUUCAAUGAGAUCAUGAGAUGCAUUUCCAAAGACACAGAUCUAGCAACAUGCCCUGAGUUAAUGGAAUUCCUAGGAACCAGAUCCACUAGCAUCAUUGAGGUCAAAGGUAAAAACCUGCCUGAUGAGGAAGGCUCAGAUGAAAAUGAAGCCUUCGAUUUCUUCAAAGAAGAAAGGAUGUCUGACCUCAUUCCCCAGUUCCAAUCGCUGAAAAAGCAAGAUGUUGAAGUGGAAAAAGAAAAAGAGGAGGAGGAGGAAGAAGAUGAUGUAGAUCCACUUGGUGUUAUCAAAUCUAAAAGGACCAAGAAGCCCACCCCUCCUCCAGUCAAAGACGACAAGCCCAAGUUAACCAUUUUUGAUGAAGAAGCAGAUCCAGAUGAAGGACUAUUUGGCUCAGCUAAAGAUUCUUCAUUCGAUGGCAACAAGAGGAUAUUGGCAGCCAAAGAAAAUCUGAAAUUAUUUGAAGAUCCAGACCUUGGUGGAGUGGUUACUAUAGGUGACUCACUACUGUUGCCAACUGCCUGUGCAAGCAGAGAACAUGCAUUAAGCGCUAGCCUUGAAGAGGACACUGAGGAGCUAUUGAGAGUGGAAGAGGAUUUUGAGAAGAUGUGGACCCUGAGCUCUCAGCCCAAGCCCAAGGUGCCACCUAAGCCCACAGUACCUAAGAAGCCAGCAGUAACUGAUCCGAAACUGCCAUUAUCCUCAGUCCAAAGAGUGAAGCUGACGGAAGUGAAGGUUCAAACCAUGGGCGAGGUGGACAUUCUCCAGUACAUUCAAGAAAAUGAAUCCAUCAGCAGCGAAGAACCAAGCCUGUUCUGAAGUGCAGACCAUGCCAGACCUUUCUUUAGGAAGAACCUCCACCAGCCUUUUGCAUCUGGAUGGGACAGGGCAUGCCUUGGCCCAGUGUUCUUGGUUGCCAAUUUGCCUGGUGGUUCAUUAUGGCAAAGUGAGCAGAUUUGGCUACCCGACUUGGGAUUCUGUUGGCAGGAAACUAAUGAACUGUGUGUGUGGUCUGAUCAAGGAUGCCUUAUUUUUUAAAGAGCCAGGCUAGAAUUGAGUGGAAUGUGAGAGUGCUAUCUUGUUUUUGCAGCUCAAACUGUAGUAGUACAUUCAGACAGCACAGUUGUGGGCAAGUUGAUUAUCUGACUUGAGAGGCAAGAGGGAAUAAAGGAAGCAAGCUAAGUAAUAUGGGUGGGUUAGUAAUAUAAAAUCCUUUUUCUUUACUAGAAAUAGUUUUAAUUUCUUCCUCUUGUUUCACCUUGAAAGAACUUGCUAGGAAACAUGUCGUAAAAUCCCUCCCCCACCCCAGGCUAAUUGGCUAAGAAUGCAAGACACAUUGCAGCAUUUUUCCAGACCUGUAUCUCCCCUCUAAAGAUUAUGGUACCCAGAAUAUAAAUUGUGCUACUACUUGGGGGUGUCCAAGUGCUUCUUCAUGGACAGUACUGGGUGUCUGCAUUUUUUUCCAGACCGUAGUUUAUACUCAUAGUCCCCAGAGUUUCAGGGGCAGCUUGACGUGGAGCAGGGAAAGGCAGGGGAAUAUGGGGUUUUUUUAAUCAUGGCUCACGUGCAUUUGUUUUCAGUCUUUUCACAACCUGGAGAUAGCCUCAUGUUUAGUGUUAAGAUGUGUGCUUCUUUUUAGAUGCUAAAAUUCUCAUAUCUCUAGCUGUCAUUUGAGGAGAUUUAAGUUGUACAUUGGACAGUGUUAGCUGAAAGCCACAUAUAUCCAUCUUGGCCCAUGCUCAUGAGCAAUUUAUGAGUUUGUUUAAAAGCUGCACUUUUAUAGAUGUCAAGCCCUUGAUGUAGAUGCUUAUGUCAUUUGUGAGAGAGGUUUGGAAAAGGAACAGAAAUAGGACCAAUACAAAAGGUUCAAAUUACAAGAAAGGGCUUUGUGUACUAAACAUUAAGCAGAACCUCAUUAGAACCUCUCUCUCUCUCUCUCUCUCUCUCUCUAUAUAUAUAUAUAUAUAUAUAUGAACCUUCCCCAUUCCUUCUUGGGUGACUGAGUCCCACAAAAUCAAUCUCUUGAGGAGAAAUGAAGCCGUAUCAAAAUAUUUGCCAAGCCAGUCAGCUUACCCCAAUUGCCUUUUGAAUAUAGACCUGAAUGAAUAGAGGGGAAAGUAUUGAAAGCACUUUAAACUAGCUGUUUUUAUAAUGUUUAUCAUUCUGUUUUGAACAAAGUAGAAUUAUUAAGCACUAUAAAAAUUAAAUAUUCUCCUCUGGAGAAUGAAUGACCAGUAGCCUCGUGGAUAAAAUUACAUGCCAUUAUAUGAUAUUAUAAGAGGAACGGAACACUGUAAUUUCGACUUGGUUUAUUAAACUUGUUUAGUGUCAUCUUUCCUCCUCAUACACAGUGCAGUGUGAUUUUUUAAAAAAAAUCAUUAAUAUAGAAAUGGUAUGUUUUAUGCAGUCCAGUACAUGUCAUUGCCACUAAAUAUUAUUAUUAUUAUUAUUUAUUUAUUAAAUUUAUAUCCAGCCCCUCCUCCCAGUAGGAGCCCAGGGAGGCAAACAAAAACACUAUAAAACAUCAUAAAAACAGACAUUAAAAUAUAUUAAAACAUCUUUAAAAACAUAUUUUUUAAAAAAAAAACUUUACAAACAUCUUAAAAAGCAAUUCCAACACAGAUGCAGACUGGGAUAAGGUCUUUACUUAAAAGGCUAAAUAGAUGCGUUAGUGUAAGUAGUAAUACUCCUGUGAACACAGGUGGUUAAAAUAAUGCUGAAAAACAUCUAAAUUGCAAUGAACAGCUUCUUUUUCAUACGUAGUCCAUAGGUGGCCAGUCUGCAGCAUAGCCAGCACAGCCAGCCUGGGUUUGUAAAGUAACUAGACAGGCAAAUAAUGACCCUGUGGGCCUAGGGCAUAGAAGCAGGCCUUUACUCCUUCCCUAUGCUGCUACCAACCCCAGCUCAGAAGGAUAGAGGCAAACCCAGACCAAGGAAGGCUGCAGUGUGUGAAGCUGCAGUGUGUGGAUUCAAGAAAGAUCCCAAA